CCCACUGCAGCCCAGUCCUGUCAUCGCUAGGUACCUUACUCGCUCAUUCGCUCCUUUUCAGGUAUCUACAGCGUCACAGUCUACCAUUAGCACUCAGUACUGCCAAAGCAAAACCAUUGUCUUCAUUACCCUUCAAGCAAACACACGCAAAGAAUCCCCCAAGAAUGGGCGACAACGACAUGGAAUCUGGGCUGCUGAAUAUUUCGCUCUCCGACUCCGAGGGCGAAGGGCAAGCCGACAUCGACAAGGGCGCUGCCGCCGACACCGACACCCAGCAGCAGCAGUCGCGGGCCGACCGCACGGCCUUGUCCGAGCCCGCCUUCCAGGUGCUGCGGGCCACGUACCGUCCCAAAGUCGAGAACGGCGAGAUCUGGCGCAGCAUCUCGCUGCCCCUCGGCAGCACGCCGCGAGAUGGGCCCGGGUCCGGGUCCGGCCUGCAGAAGCUCAGCAAGCCCGAGGCGCAGGAGGUCGUACACGCCGCCGAGGAGCUGUACUUCUUCGGCCGGUUCGCCGAGGCGGUGCAGUUCGUGCGGGGCGUGCUGCUGUCUGCGUCGUCUGACGACGGUGGAGGUCUGCUCGACGACGAGACGCGGGCGCUGCUGCGGUACUACGAGACGCGGUGCGCGGCGAGGAUAGCUGCUGCUGCUACUGGUGCUGAGAGUGGUGACGAUGCUGCUGCUGCUGCUAUUCAGAAAGGGGCCGGCGAGCAGAGACUAGAAGUAGAUAAAAAUUAAAAUUAAAAAUAAGUCAAGAAACGAAAA